AUGUGCACGCGUCACAGCAGCAGCGUAUUGCCGGCCACGGACGACGAGCGAUGUCGGUACACGUACUCGCGAUGCCCCAACCCGCGCAUUUAUCGGCGUAGCGGCGUGCUGCACACGCUCUGCGAGUACCAUCGCAGCAAAGCCAAUGCGAUCCAGAAAGCGUACGCCGCCAAGCGCCGCCAGAGCCAGCGGGCGCAGCGCAAGCAGCACAUCUUGGCCCAGCGCCAGCGUGAAGUCGCGUCCGGCUUGCCCGAGCCGAUUCCGUUUUCUGGGCCGCGAAGCGCUACGACGACCGAUACCACCGACAUGGCCAUCGUCGCGCUGCUCCUCUCUGAUAUCCAGCUCGAUAUGGAGCCCGUCGACGUCCAACAGCCUCCAACGCAGUGGUCCGAAGACGAAUGCAGCUUUUUAGACGAGCUCUUUUCACCCUAG